AUGUCGGUAACGGCAGAAAAUGAGUGGAAACAGCUUUCCGAUGAGUUCAUCAAAAUCGAGAAAAAUCACGAAGAAUAUCUAAAAAAGAUGAGAGAAAUUCGAAAGUCUCAAGACUCAUGUUUGAAAGCCGUUAAACAUCAGUAUUACAUGUUGGGACAAUUGAGGGACGAUAUCACCAAAGCUGAAACGAGUCCCAACGCUAGCCCUAGUGAAAGGAUCAAAUCCGCAGAGCUCCGGCAACAGGCACUCGAAAUGCGAGCGCGUCUCUACGAGAUGCAAAAUGAGCUGCCAGUGCAAAACAAUGGAUUCUAUUUGAAUUUGAUUCUUGGAUCAAAUUUGAACGUCUCACUUCUCACUGGCGCCGAGCGAUACAAAUACAAGCAGGAAUAUGAGAACUUUAAAUGGAAGGUGACAAUCUUGGUGCUCUCAGUGCUUCUUUUGAGUUACGUCUUGCCAUUUCGAGUCAUUGAUUCUAUCGGCAAUUUUAUCAUGGUGUGGUACUAUUGUACAUUGACAAUACGAGAAUCGAUUCUUCGCAUCAACGGCUCCAAGAUCAAGGGUUGGUGGGUACUCCAUCAUUAUCUAUCAUGCGUUCUUUGUGGAAUUCAUCUCACUUGGAAAGACGGACCAUGCUAUCAAGAGUUUCGACCACAAUUUAUUAUGUUUGUUGCCUACAUUGGACUUGUUCAAUUGAUGCAAGGACAAUAUCAAAGCGGUUGUUUGAGACGACUUCAUGCACUGGGUCAAGGACAUCAAAUGGAUAUAACUGUUGAGGGUUUUCAAUCAUGGAUGUUUAAAGGGCUUACUUUCUUGUUGCCUUUUUUAAUGCUUGGUUAUAUUUUCCAACUUUAUAAUGCUUAUACAAUGUUUCUGCUAUCACAACGUUGUACAGGCCAAUGGCAGGUUUUUGCUUUGGCGAUUCUUUUUGCGGUGAUCGGAGUUGGAAAUAUCUGGACAACAACUCUCGUUAUCCUCAAAAAAUUGAGAGAAGGAACCAAGUCUGAUCAGAUUACGAGAAAAUAUCGUGCCAAAAACGACCAAAAAAGCGAG